UGCAUGACCACUAUUGCUUACACGUAUUUAUAAUAGCUGAUAAUUUUUGGUUGAGGUAAAUUCUACUAUCGAGUAGGAGUGAAACAGGAGAUACUAUUAUAAUGCUGGUUUAAACUUCUUUAUAUCGUGAUUCAGACAUUUUAUAGUGAGGCGAAUAUAAUUGAAUACCCUAAUUCCAGCAUAGUAAACGCCGUUUUGAUAUUUAAUUUAAUUUUAAGCGUUUGAUUGAUUAAAUGCACUAUCUGUGAUAUAGGCUGAAACUGCUUUUCGUGUAAUCCAUGCCUUUGGUUGUGUUUUGUUAAUUGUGGUUGGAUAAGUGACCGGAAUGGUGUCGUAGUACAGUUUUCGUGUGUAUAUAUAGCAAAAUGAUCUUUACCAGAGUGUUUGUAGGAAAUAUGUUGAGUAGAGGAAACAGAUUAUAUUGUAGCCAGCGUUCUAGUGGUAUUCUUGUCAAAAAGAAAGAGGUAUGAGUAUUGAACUCGUUGUUUGAUGUUAUGAUUCGACCAAGUCUUGAGUAGGAGGGCCUGUAUUUAUUUACAUUGAAGAUAUUAAUUGGGUAUCUUGUCACCACAUAUACUUUGGUUGCGGAUGGUGGAGACGGUCACACUGAUGGUGGCAGGACACAUAAAGCAGAUAUCUGAAGAUGAACCUCAGAUUCCUCAGAAUCCAUUGAAAGCUGUUCAUACAGCAUCUGCUCAGCCAGAAAAUGGCAAAAUUUAUGACAAGAAGCCUUUCAGAAUGAAAUUUCAGAAAGGAAAGGCAUAUUUUUGGUGUCUCUGUGGACAGAGCAAAAGCCAGCCAUUGUGUGAUGGGACUCACAGAAAUCCAUAUUUGAACAUAAAGUUUCGGCCAAUAAAAUUUAUGGUGACAGAGGACAAAGAAUAUUGGUUAUGUAAUUGCAAGCAGACUUCUAACCGGCCGUUCUGUGAUGGAACACAUAAACGGGAAGAUAUUCAGGCAGCUAUUAAAUAACAAAUUUUGUGAAGACAUUAGACAUAUAUUUAAAAUACAAACAUAUUAAUUUGAUGUACCUAGAAUCUUUGGUAAAUAUGUAUAAAAGUGAGAAUCGCUACACAAAUGUUUUGUGGACAUUUAUCCUAUAAAAUAACUUUCAAGCUAUAGGAACCAGAGUUACUUUAGUGGUACAGGUUAAAAUAUAUUUCACUAAUGAUGUGAAAUAGAAAUAAUACAUUCAAUAAAGAUUGCAUGCAGUAACAUGAAAUAUUACAGUAUAAUGAUUACCACUGCUGCUUCAUAUUCAGAAUUACAUUUCUUCCACAUCAGUUUUCAUAGCUGUGACACUGUAAUUUGGUUCUCCUGUAAUUCUACAUGGCAUUUCCUUUAGUACAGAUACAGCAAAUAUCAUUCAUAGUUUGGCUUCCAGAACAUUGUUCACAAGAAAAGGGUGUGCUGCAGAAAGAUCUGAUUGGAUUUAAGACUGGAAAGCAUUUUGAGAGGAGGGAGAAAAUAAUUUAACAUGCAAUGAGAAUGGAUUAUUUUAAAAGAGGUAUAAAAUUUCCUAAAAUUGGCAGAUUCCAAAAUGAUUAAAUGAGGGAAAGAAUAGAAUGAAGAAACCAUAAUAAAGACAGUUGAAAGGAAAGAUUGAACUAAUAUGGACAUGUAAUGAGAGUGGAAGAAGACAUUGCCAAAAAGAAUAAACAGUGUGUCCCAAACAUCAUGCAACCCAAAGUUGAAUAUCAUGUUUAAUAUACAUAUUAAAUUAUAAUUACAUUAAUUACA